AUGAAUGCCCAAACAAAAUCAUCAUUUAAAGAGCGUCACACAUUAGAAGAAAGAAUUAAGUUGUAUUAGACCAAACAAUUAGCUUACCCUUCGAAAAUAUUAAUAAUCUUAGAACAAUUUAUUGAUUCCUCAUCUACUUCCUAGUUGUAAUAAUAACAUAUAAUUAAGAGAUGCGCAGCUGAUCCAGAGUAAUUAAUGGUAACUUUUGAGGGAGACAUUAGUUUAUUAUUCAAAAAGAAAAUUCCAAAAGCUUAGCACAUUUCACUUUUCUUCUUUAUCAACAACGUUCUCCCCUAAAAAGAUUAAACUAUGGGAUAAUUGUAAAAAAAAAUGUAAGAUUAAGAGGACGGAUUCUUAUAUAUUCAAGUAAAGUCUUUGGAAACUCUAGGAUCACUUUGA